AUGCCUCGCCGCCGCGAAACGACGCCACGUCCUAGACAGGAUCAAAAACGGCGACGAGAUACUUCUCCAGAACCAUCGAGCUCCCCGCCUCCAGCCAAGAAAGGUGGUACAGGGAAGGGCAAAGAUCACCUCAAGGGAACUGGUGGAUCUCAAGGAACUUCACGAACUACCGUGACACGCAGCUCUCUUCGUCGGCCUUCCCCGCUGUCGCAGGAGGUGCAGACAGCUGAAAGUAGCGAAUAUAAAAGAUGGCCCCGUCAAGAUCCGCCCAUCACCAACGUGAAUGAUAUUCCCAAAAGCUGGAAGUGGCACCCGAAUGAGCCUGAUCUUGAUCCAAAUGACAUUGAUGGCCAUAUUGCCCGAAACCGCGAGCGUAUCGAGGAUGGAAUUCUGCCUGCAGUCUUCGAAAUACGACUGAAGCAAUAUGAAGCGAGGAAAAAAUACAUAGAUGAUAUGAUUGCGUCAGAGCCUGCAGGCCUCGACAAGGCUGUGGUCACUCGACUAAAUACUCUGAAGACUAUGAAGACGAUUCUCGAACGAGAUGGCGAUGAGAGAGAGCAGCUUCCCAAUGUCAACGCUCUCAUCAAAGCUUAUAGAUCGGGAAAGCUUACCUGGUCCCAUGAGGCAAAAGUCACCUACUGGAACAAAGGGAAGCAGCUAUCUAAGCCAAAGGACUUCAGAUUUGACGAUUUACUCGACUUUCAUAAAAAGCAUGACACAGGAAAGGGCUUCUGGGUUGAAGGGAUUUGGUUUGAGCUCAGAGCUCCAGGUGUGACUGGCAUGUAUUGGAGCAUGGAUUUCUUGGAGGAUACCGGGGCAAAUACAAUGACUAUCUGGGAUACCGACCUCGAUCAAUUGAUCCAAUUCAAUGGGAAUCCAGUUCCAGUGCCUAUUUGCCUGGGAGAAACGGUUAUCCACACCGCAAGCGAUACUGUUGUAAAAAAGUCGGUUAUCGUUGAAGCUAGGGUUACGGCGGGAGAAAUGAGAACCAAAUGGUUUACACUAGAGGCUAUUGUGAGACAGGCUCCUCGGAAGGGCGAAUCGGCUUGGAGACUCAGCGGUUCGUGGUGGAGGGAGGCUUUAUAUACAGCAUCGUUUCCAGACAGUCAGAGAGAUUUAAUUGCUUGUGACAAUUACUGGGAGUUUCUUAAAUUGGUACCGGAUGUCAAUCCGAACAAUGUGAUACCUAUUUCGCCUCCUAAGCGAGGUGAUAAUGUUCCUGGAAGACCACGGGGGAAUGCUUUCGAUCUAUUUCUCUAG